GGCUGGAACCGAGAAAACAGGAGCUAAUCUGCUGCUUCUCCGAUCUGGGUGUCCAAAGAACAAGGAUUUGUUGCAGUCAUUGCUUUGCCACCUGCCUGAGGCAUUCAACUGUAUCUAGCACAAUGAUGCUGGUUCUUUAAACAGGAGGCAGAUUGCUAGCAUUUGGUGCUGAAAGCUGGAGGUUAUUUUGGAAUGUGAAAGCUACUUGCUGCUUGGAUCCAUGACAACCAUGUAGGCACUCUUCACUUUAACAAUCUACACCAGCAUGGACCAAGACAUUUAAAACAAAUCUUUCAAGCAGUCGAUGGAGUACAAUUGGAAAGGUUAAGGAAAAUCCAGAUGGGGUGCAGGUGCUGCAAAAUGAUACAAAGCUACAUCUUUGAUCCAGAAGAAGUACAAUCAUCUGGAUGCAUUCAUGAAGUAAACAGCUAUAAACACAAUGAACAAGGCAGCAAUAAAUCCAAAUUCAAAGAGAACAGUGAAAAUGAAGAACCUAAAAAUGAACUCCAGAAGGAUGAGGUAAACAAAACAGAAAAUAAAAAUCCAAUAAACAGUACAACAGAAACUCUCUGGAAUCACAGAGGCAAUGAUUCUCAAGAGGAUGGCCUUGUGAAGUGUGCUGCAAAGCCUGAUGUUGCAGUCAAUGGUGGCAACUCCUGUGCUCAGCACUCCAUGCUCAACCCCAACACAAGAUCAGUGAAAGAAACCAGUGAAAAGGGAACCUUCAGCCAGUCAGAGGCUCCUUCAGCCAGCAAUAGAGACUUGUACACCAAAUCAAACAGGUCUGGACAAGACCUUGACCUAGAGACAAGCAGUCAAAGUAAGGCAGCCAGCAAUGUGCCUAACAGUAUUCCAGACUCCCAGUCUGCAGAAGACAGCGUCUUUCUCAAAGGAAAUUCAAUACUGGAAACAGAAAGCAAUACCAUAAGACUGCCAGAUAUUGAUUAUCCCCAAAAUGGCAAUCAAACUGGGAACUGUGUUGAAAAAGACAGCUUUUCAUUCAACUGCACACAUUCAGACCAAAACACUGGUGCUUCAGUAAUACAGGACCAGGAUGCUCAUGUAAUCCCACCUUGGCCUGUGAAAGAGAGUAGUAUUGAACCUUUUAAAACUGACUCUGCAACUUUGAGUGAGAGCCUUACUGCUGGUAUCACUGUAGUGGCUGUUACCAAAGUCACACAGGCACCCACACACAUCAACCAUAAAGAUAUCAGUGGAGGAAUUGAGGAGGAAGAUGCAGAAGUUGCAGCAGCUCUGGCUGCACUGGAAGCUGCAACAGCAGGAGAAGAUGUGGAAGAUGAUGAUGAGUACUAGAUGGUUUCUUUCUAAUACACUGGGUAAGAUCCAGAUGUUAUUUCCGGAUCAAUAUGAACAGAUAUACAGCACACAUGGAGAGCUGUUAUGAACAGCAUAUAUGAGACUAAAGCUUGGUCCCUUCAGCUGUUUUAUACAGCCUUUUAAUUUCUACUGCCUGAGGUACAGAAGAGCUCCCUUGACUAAUGGUAAUACUCUUCUCCAUGAGCCCAAACAGCAGGGCAAAGCACCGUUUCUUCCACACAAAAUAUUCAGUUGUACACCCACCUCAUCUGCACUCAUGCAAGUCUUUCCUUUUUUUCCUCAUGAGGGUCUGUGCACACUGCAUGUUCCAGGUUCACAAAACUCCCAUUUUUUAAAAUAGGACUAUUGAAGCCAUGGAGUUAGAAACCACAGAUUUUCAUGAUUAGCAGAAAAAAACUACAUAACUGAGCCAAAGUUCGAUGAUCUACUGAAAUAUGAAAUAGGGAAGGCAGCUUGGACUGAACUUUACAGUGGUUAUGGUUCCAUUAUGGAUUAAGCCUAAAUCUGUGCACGUGCACCUGGCAUUAGAAUGAUAACAUCAUUUCUCCCCAUACACCUCUCCCUUGACUGUUUGAUAUCACAAGUGUUGCUGCUUCAGUUCCUUAAAACAGCAAAAGCCCAGCCAAAUCCAAGAGAGUAGGUAACUUUCUGUUGAUUUAAUGUGCUAAAGUAGCUCAUAUAAGAAUUGCACACACACUAUCAGAGAGGCCAGAGAGAGAUCAAAACUCAGUCCCUACCAGUUUGGAUAGAUUAAAACUGUUGUAAAACAACAGCCUGAAACCUCUGAACUCCACUAAAUUUUCCAGGUGCAUGUCGCCUGUCUUAACAAUAGAGUUUUCAAACAGGUUGCGUCUCAAACAUCCCCAGCAAGAGCCAAUAUGGACUCCUCCUCAGUUCUGCUGUAGUUUCUAAAUUUGCAUCAGGAAAGGGACUGAUUUUCAGAUUUUAGGAUUAAGCCUAAGAUCUGAAAAUAGUUACAUUCUUGGAGGGCUGCAUUUCUAAUGGGAGAAAAAAAAAAGGAGGUAGAGACCAAUGUGGUGCUGUCAAUUCAGCAAAAGUAUGGUUGAAAUAGAAAGUGCUUGAAUUUUAUACUGAAAUUUUGUGGUUUCCAAGUGUUUGUUAUAAACUCCUAAUAAAUUUUUUAACCAUAAAAAAAAUAACCUGGUGGCUUUUGUACUUUAUGCAUUUUCUGAAUAUAAAAGUUACAUUUAAGAAGUCCAAUAAGACAUAGCACUCAUUAGAUACAUGAAAAGCACCAACAAUGUAUUUGCCUACGGCAUAUGGUGAUUUUGAUUUCUCAAAACAUUCAUGACACUCUUAGAAGCAAUUAAAACAACCUAAAGUCUCAGCUUCUAGAGAACGAGAUCCUGCUACAGGCAAGAGU